CUGUAUUAGUGAAACUUACUUAGACCUAAGGUACCUAGGUAGAGCUGGACUCUCCAGAAUUUGGAUCGUCAAACUUCCCAUCUACAAAACAGACCUGUACAAAACAUCAAUGCUCACAAUACAUCCCCCCCCCAUACGUACUUUAGACAUAAUAACACGUAGCCAUGCCUCCUCGACACCAGACCCUGCCGCCGGCCCAGACUUCUUCGGCCCGCGCGGCCCUACAGUCUUUCUACUGCGAACUCUGUUCCAAAGGCUACUCGCGCAUGAACGACUACGAAGCCCAUCUGGGCAGCUACGACCAUAGCCAUCGCCAGCGCAUGAAGGAUAUGAAGCAAAUGGUUAAAGAUCCAACAGCCGGGGCACGCGCCAGGAAAGCCGAAGCUAAAGCAGACGGCCUCAUCAGCAUCAAGCUCAGCGGCGAUCCUAAUCCAGCCGGAACUGGCGGCGGCGGGUUUAAAAAGGGAGGAUUUAAGAAGUCUGGCUUCAAAAGCGCAUUCACGCCUAUCGGCGGAACAGCAGACAGCGAGAAUAGCAAGACAAAAGAAUUAGAUACGGAUACGAAUAACAAUAAAGAUGAAAAAGUCAUACCGAAAGAUUUAGGCGCCGAAAGCGAUACGGAAGAUGAAGGGUACGAGGUUUAUAAUCCACAGCUUCCUACGGAUUAAUACGCUGCUAGGCAAGUUUAUAUUUUACAAGGCAUAUAUAUUAUAUGUCCAGUCAUGGCCAGUAAUAUCCACGACAAGGGAGGGCUAUCUAACUUGUAGACCUUGGAUUUGGGCCAGACUCAGAUCAAAACAAUUUUACGACGGCAAGCCGCGCUAUUGCAAGCAGCCAUGAAGGUCGCCAAAUACUCUGUUGGGCAAAUAACUUAGAUACGUCAACGCGACUGUAUCUUCUACCGUAACCUCGGCAGCAAGUCCUAGGUAAAUAUAUAGGCGUACCACAGCGUACAAUACAAUAUAUGAAGUUUUAUAUCAUAGGUUAAAAGCCCACGCAUGGAUUUGUAAUAGAAUAAUAGCGUAGUAAUAAAACAUCUGGACU